GGUUUGCUGUCAGAACUACAAGCCGGCCGGCGGCGCUUUAAGGAAUCGACAGGCGGUUUUUCAGUCAGGCAGCAGGAAGCCAAAAUGCUGGCCGUCCUGUCUGUGCUGCUGUUGUUCAGCUCCGGGCCGGUCUGCUGCGUUCUCCAGAACCUUUACUGCGCCUUCUCAGACAGCUGUGACUGCGACUUCAAGCCCAGAGUCAAAGACUUGGAGUGGGACCUCUACAAGAAUGUCUUCGGUCAGCAUCUUGCUCAGGACAUCGUCUCAGAAGAAGUGGCCAGGUUUCUCCUUAAUAAGAGCCCUGAUCAGCCCCUGGUGCUGUCUUUCCAUGGUUCCACGGGGACCGGGAAGACACUGGUCAGCACCAUGCUGGGAAAUCACUUGUACGGCUCAGCGAUGAGCAGCCCAUUUGUCCACCAGUUUGUUCCCACGCUUCACUUCCCUUCAGCCGAGCGGGUCAACCAAUACAGGGAGGAGUUGAAGAGCUGGGUGAAAGGAAACCUGACGGGUUGUGCUCGCUCUGUCUUCAUUUUUGAUGAGAUGGAGAAGAUGCCUCCAGGCCUGAUCGACGUCCUGGAGCCCUUCUUGGGUCCAUCCCACGUUGUGUUCCGCACCAACUACCGAAAGGCCAUCUACAUCUUCAUAAGCACCGCAGGACAGGAGGUGAUAACCCAAGUGGUUCUGGAGAACCGGCAGGCUGGACAGGAAAGAGAUGAGAUCAAGCUGUCUCAUCUGCAGGAAGCCCUCGCACAAGAGGUUUACAACAACAAAACAAGUAGGAGACAUCUCAGAGGGUGGUCUCUUCCAGUCCAGCAUCAUCCAGCAGAAGCUCAUCACUCGCUUCGUUCCCUUCCUGCCGCUGACCCGGACCCAUGUGGAGCGCUGCGUUCGUUCGCAGCUCUGCCAGCGGGGCAUCUGUAACCGCAGCGACGUGGUGGAGGCGGUCGGAGGAGACAUGAUCUACACUCCCGCCGAGGGACGGUACUUCUCCACCACGGGCUGUAAAACGGUCUCUGCAAAGAUCAGCGUCUUCCUGUGAGUCGGAGCGAGGCGGUUGUUGAGGUUUGACUGGAAGUAAAGCUCCUCUGGUUUUUCUUUGCUGGUGAACAAGAGGACAGAUGGCGUGCAGGAAGCGUUCCUGACCAGACAGGAUUCGAACCGUUGACCUGCUGCUCAUGGAUAACAAGAGGGUAAAACCUCUCUGACCUCAGUCAUUGAAAACAGAAAGAAACCAAAAAUGCAGCAUCCCUGGAACGUUGAGGAAGUGAACUGUAUCGCUAGGGUUUGCUGCUGCUUCAGAGACCUUCAUGAGCUGAACCAGGAGUCUAUCUCUGACCAAACAUUAGAUGCUGCAGCUGUUUCAGGUCAUCAGGUUGUUUUUUUUAAGUUGUUUUAUUUAUCAGAUUUAAUUUAUUUAUGCUCUGUCCAAACCGUCCCUCGGCUUCCAGAGGACUGCAGGCAUCCCAGAGUUGUUUGGCGCCAUCAUUAUAAGAUUGAGCACUGCAGGGAUGCAGAGGAGCCGCGAGUCUUUGCUUUGCCUCUAUUCCAUAAGUUGUUAUUUUUACAGAAAGGGAUUAGAGAUCUGAAUGUACCACAAUGAAACAGUUUUAAUGUCGAGAUGUUUUAAACUAUAAAGAGUUUUUUUCCCCUGA